AUGUCCAGCAACAAAUCAAACCAGGUUGGCGUCGAGCAGCCAGGCAACUGGAGCAACGAUAUUCCUGAAAGAUUUGCUCAACGGGAUGUGGGAAUGCAGUCUCCUCCCAAGCGCAGGAUGAGAAUGGUAGCUGGAACCUCAACCAAACAACAUGAACAUGGCGGCCGAGCAGCAUCUACAACUACCAAUUUAACGAAUAAGAACGAAUAUGAUGAAUCAACAGGAGCUGCAGCUGUGCUUCUAAGCAAUAAGGACGAGCGUACCAACCCAGCAGCUGCUGGAGAAGCAGUUUCGGAUGAACAGGCCUGGGAACACGAUGAUGGGAGGAUGUACGAAAACGAAAAUAAGGACGAAAUGGAUAAUGAUGCUACUUCUGUUAUAGGAGAGAACAGCCCUAUUUUGGAUGACAUGGAAACGUAUUUUCCCGCUGUGAAUCACGGCACAGCUGUAAAAUCACUUCACGAGGAACUGGCCGAUGUUAGCGAUCAGAGCGAUGAUGAGGGCAUAUACAACGCCGCUGUCGACGAGAAUGCGCUUCCAGUUGACUUAUCACAUUCGAGUCGGUCGAUAUCAAGCGAUGUUGCGAUGGACGCUGUGAGCGAUAUUGAGAACAGCACUGUCAACUCUAUCGAGGCAGAAUCGAAACAGAACUCGGAGGCAAACUUUCAAGAGAUUCUUCAUGAGCGUGAUCUCUUGAAGAAAGAACUAGAGUCUCGAGAUGAGAGAAUGGCAGCAAUGAGUCAAAAAUGCGCCGUUCUAGAGAAAGAACUGGAGUCUCGCAAUGAGAUAAUUACAGCAUUGGAGGCAGAGAACGCCGCUCUCGUGAAUACAGCAGUCAAGCCAAUUUCAUUUGCAGAUGCUUCUACUAAUACUGAGACGCCCACUGGACAGAUUCGGCAACCAAACUACCCGAGAGAAGACGACAAUGAGCAGCAACCCAUCUCGAUCAAGAAGCCUUCAUCAACGCCGGCAUUUUCACUUGCGGCGCAAAUAUCUACGGUGGUCCGGUUCAUUCAAGCUUAUCUCGAUACGGCGAAGAAGUCAUAUCUCGACUUUAUCAGCGUAAUAAACGUUGGGUCACUGGCAGGACAAGACUUGUUUCUCUCGGGUGUGAAAAGGUCAGCCUCUUUCAAGGGAGUAGCGGAUUUCUUGCAAAAUUGGGCACAAUCAGCAGUGGUUUUUCUAGCAACUCCGUUUUGGAUGGUCAUGAGCUUUUAUCUGUAUCUGUCUAUACAGCAUGAGAAGAACGUGUGGAUGCAGGCGAAUGCUCUGACUAGGAAACAGCUGUUAGGGCAUGUAGGUACUACUACAGUACCUAAGGAAAGUUCAGUAUCAAUUGAUCAUGUAUUCGGCAUCAUAUCAAGAAGCUGGCUGCAAGCGCGCAUCGAGUACAGCGUCAUAUUUGUCCAGAAACACGCGCAAGAAAAGGGAAAGGAAUAA